AUGAGAUUUUUCACACUUAUUUUUUAUAUCAUAUCUAUGACUAUUUGUAUUCAUUUUAUCUUUGGAUAUUAUUAUGAACAAUUUUCGGUGAGUUGUUAUAUUUUUUUGAGUUCAAAGAUACAAUUUGGAGUGGAAUCAAUUGUUAUUUAUUUCCACGUGGGGUUCUGUAAAAGCUGUAUAAAUAUGAAAAAUAAACAUUGAUGGAUGGAUAUUUUUGUUUUAAAUUGUGAAUAGAAAAAAUAUUGUUAUAUUGGUCAUUGUGAAAAUAGGUCUUGAUUUUGUGAAAUAGAAAAUGCAAGUAUAUGAGGCUAAUAAAAUGGUCGACAUUGCUAUAUUUUCCGAAAGCGGUAGAUUUCAAUAGUUUCUUGAUUUCUGAGUUUGGUCCAAUUGCACUUGAAUUAAUAGAGAGUCUUGUUGUUAUUAUAUUCGUGACUUGCGGAACUGAUAAAAUUGUUGUUAUCAUCAUCAAUUAGUACACAAUUCCGAUACAAACAAUUGAAUUAUCAAUAAAAUAAUGCAUGGCCAACAUCAAGAAAACGAAAAAUUUUUAAUAUGGAAAAUUUUUUUGGAAGAAAAACUGAAAAAUAUUGAUAGAGAAAAAUCACAUGGAAUUUGAACAAGAAAACCCCAAAAAUUGUAUUUUGAUAGUUUUCUGAAAUUCUCUACAUUUUCAUAUCCUGCCUUUCCUAUAAUAGAUUUUUUUCAGUAUUUCACUCAACAAAAACAAUAUGUAACCAUUAGUUUGUUCACAAUCAAACAAGCUGGACUUGGAAAUUGUUUUUUCGAAUUGUUAGCUUUGCUCGGAGUUGCUGAUUCCACAAAUCGAAUCGCUUUUGUGAAUUCAAAUGAUUCCAAAUUAACCGACAAGUUCAAAUCACGAUUCAAGGAAAACUUUCCAAAUCUUUAUGAGAAAUUUGAAUUGAGAAAUAUUGAGGUAAAAUAUAUUUUUUUACAGAUAUUAAUUUGUUAGUUUUUUUAGAAAGAUGAAUUGAGAAUGGUAGGGUUUCAUGGACACUGUUGUAAAUACACAAAUCCAAGAAUUGUUCGCAAAAUUCCAGAUGAGAACUUGUAUUUGAAAGGAUCCUAUUUUCAGGUAAAUCUCACUCCAAGGUGUUUUUUUUAUUUAUUUUUGAUAUUUUUAGAGUUAUCUUUACUUCGAUCAUUUACACGAAAAAGUUCGAGAAUGGUUGACACCGGCUAAAAAAUUUAUGGAUUUGGCUGAUUCGUUCAUAAAACCACACCAAGCAGAUCGUUUCAAAAUAUGUGUUCAUACUCGAAGAGGAGAUUUUGCACCAGGAAAAAUGCAUUCCCCAACUAAUUUAAAUUUUACAAUUCCAGCAAUCAAGUUUUUGUUAUCAGAAUGUAAGAUCUGAAAAAAAAUUGUUAGAAAAAUCUCAAAUUCUUUCAGAUGAUUAUGAUCAUCACAAUAACAUAAUGCUUGUUUUAAUUGGAAAUGACGAAAAAUUCGAAAAAUCAAUUGGAGAUAAAUUCAAAAAUACAGAGGUGAGAAAUGAAUUAGAUCAAAUAGCACAUAGAAAAAAAUGAGAAAAAUUUGCUUUUGACGCGAAAUUACGACCAAAACCCUCUGACCGCACGCUGACCCUCGACUCCGCCCUCUUUUUCUCUCUCAAAACUGCAAUUUUGCGGCGCACUUUUUAUUUUCCUUUGAAAAAUGUUCGAAUUCUAGAACAUUCUUCUGCGUCUCUCACCCCUUUUCCGCCUGCGUAUUUGAAUCUGCAAACACUGCACAGCAGCAAAAAAUGUUUUAUUUUUUCCUAUGUGAAAUAGUAUUUUUCGAAUUUCAGAAAGUUAUACUACCAAAAUCAGAUCCGGAAAAAGAUUUGGCAUUCUCGAUAAAAUAUUGUGAUGUAGUUCUAAUAACAGCGCCAUCUUCAACAUUUGGUUGGUGGUUGGGAUAUUUAUCAAAAACUGGAAAUUUGGUAUAUUAUGAGGAUAUUCUAGAAACAGCUGAUAAAGUUGCUCAACAAAUGUAUCAACAAGAUUUUUAUCCAAAACACUGGAUUAAACUGGUCACUAAUAAUAAAACGGGAAGUGUUAAUAAACUUUGA